AUGAUAUGUGUAGGUAAUGUACUGUCUACUAUAGAACCGACAAUAACAUCCCCUAUAACUGAAGGACCAUCAACUAUAAACAUAGACAGUCAUACUAGUCAUACUAAUAGUACAACUUCUGAAAACUUGUUUAAAGGACGACGAGUAGUAGAUGUGUAUCAUAUUUUCAAUCACAUUCAAAAUACCGUCCACGUAAAUGAUAUUGGUUGUUCGUUUUUAGAUAUGACUUUGAUAAAUGAAAAACAGUUUGGAUUUAGAACAGUAUUUAAAUUUAUUUGUAAAAUGUGUAACAUAAUAUCAUACAUAGAAUCAGAAAAACAAAAACCUGAUACUUAUAUGCCAAUUAAUCAAUCAGCAGUAAGCGGCACUAUUGCUAUUGGUAUUGGCUAUAGUCAAUUAUCAGAAUUGUGUGCAACAAUGGAUAUUCCAUGUAUGUCUUCCAAUACAUUUCUAUCGGUUCAAGAAGAUAUUAGUCAGCAAAUUCAUAUAAUCGCUGAAAGAGAAAUGCAAAUUGCUGGCGAGGAAGAAAAACGGUUGGCCUUAGAGUCUGGUUCAAUUGAUACGGAUGGAACGCCAAUGUGUACUGUAGUGGCUGACGGGCAAUGGUCAAAAAGAAGCUAUAAGACUAAUUAUGAUGCAUUGUCUGGCGUAGCAACUAUUAUUGGGUAUAAAUCAAAAAAAAUUUUGUUUAUUGGAAUUCGCAACCGGUAUUGUGCUGUUUGCCAAAGAGCAAAAAAUAUAGGUGUACCCAAACCUGAGCAUACUUGUUUUUUAAACUGGUCAAAAGGAGCUACAAGUAUAGAAGCCGAUUCAAUUGCAGAAGGUUUUAAGCGAAGUAUGGAAUUACAUGGAUUGAAAUACAAUAAACUAAUAGGAGAUAUCGGGAAAAAAUAUUUGAAAACAAAACAAAUGAAAAGUGAAAAAAGAAAAUGUAAAAAACUCCUUUUUCCAGAAAAGGUAAAAAAAUUUUCUAAACAAACGGGUCCGGAUCAACAUUAUGGCCUGGCUGAACCGUUACUCGAUGAUAUACCUUCGAAUGAACUGGAAUCAAAGAAAAGUGCAUUCAUUCAGUCACUUUACUUGGACCACGACAAACGCAUAGAAUUAGAAAUUAAAACUAGAGAACAGGCUAAUUCACAAAUUUGGCACACAGAAAGAAGAAACCGAAUAACAGCUUCAAAUUUUGGUCGGAUUUGUAAAAUGCGACCAACUACAUUAUGUAGGUCUACGGUUUACGAUAUGUUGUAUAGGUCAUUUACUUCUAAAUCAACUGAUUAUGGUAAAGCAAUAGAAGAAAAAGAGCAUAAUUACUACUAUCAGAUUCAAGGCCAAAUGCACGUCUCAAAAAGACAAUUUUGUUAUUUUGUUGAAUACAACGAAAAUUGGUCUAAAGUUCAAAUUACUGAAUAA